AUGGUUUUCAAUCUGUCCAGCGAUGAUCUCUCCGAGGAUGACACCGUUUCCACUCAGCUUUCGCGGCCUGCUUCGCCGUCGCCCGCCCGUUGCGUGCCCCUCGGCAGGAGCUUCACCCGAGCCAUCACAGCCCCAGGCAGAGUCGGUGAAGGCUCUUCUCCUGGGUUCACUGUCCCGGCCAUCGGGGGUUCUUUGCGGAGGCAGGAGGAAUCUGCAGACGACUUUCAUCACCGAUCAUUUCCCUCUCUGGUAAAGCUUCGAAAAUUCACUCACCAUGAGCUGAAAGUCGCGACAGACAAUUACAGCGAAGUGAAUGUUCUGGGACCAUGUGGUUCUGGUAAGGUCUACAAAGGAGAGUUGCCUGAUGGAUCUCUGGUGGCAAUAAAAAGAUGUGCUCGCCCAUUUGGCCAUGCCGAAGUGCAGGUUGGGUAUAUGGCCAAGCACCCGAAUGUGAUCCAAAUGCUCGGCUUUUGCAAUUCAAAGGCAACAACAGAACUAGGAGAAUUCUUGCUGGUAUAUCGAUUGGCCGUUAAUGGAAACUUGGCUUCCUAUUUGGGAGAGCGCUCUGCGUCGCCUCUCGAGUGGCCCACCAGGAUGCGCAUCGCCUUAGGAAUAGCGACAGGGCUUUGGUAUCUUCACGAGUUUUGCAGUCCUCAGAUAAUUCACCGCGACAUAAACUCUUCAAACAUUUUGUUGGAUGAGAACUUCGAACCUCUCAUCGGGGACUUCGGCUCUGCGAAAUUCAUGAAUCACGAAGGUUGGAAACCUCAGCUCCAGAAGUCGAAAAGCGCCAUGGCACCACACCAAACGGCUGAAACUGAAGCAGUGAACAAUUGCGAGAGGCCCUUUUCGGCUUUGGAAAGAUCAGCAGAGUUAUGCAGUACCUUUCGACUAUGUGGUACAUAUGGAUACAUGCCUCCGGAGUAUGUGACGCGAGGGGAACUCUCAGCAAAGAAUGAUGUCUUCGCAUUCGGGAUGGUGCUCCUCGAGCUAGUCUCUGGUUUCAAGCCUUUUGAUCUUUUGUUGGAUCGAGCCAAAAAAGGAAUCAAUGAAUUUGCGUGGGUGAAAUAUCUUCUGGAACAUGACGAGUUUGGAAGUCUACUUGAUCCGAGCUUGAAGGGAGACUAUGAUGAGAAUGAGGCUAAGAAAUUAGUCAAACUGGCUCUCCGCUGCAUCCAAUCUUCACCAACAGAACGACCCACGAUGCGGGAGGUAGUCGGAACUCUCCAAUGA